AUUCAAGGUUAAAAAUAACUAACUAUUUGCACUGAGGAUAAGAAAUCUUCCAAAUAGGGCUUUGAUUGAUUAUUUGAUAAUGCUGAUAGUUAUUGGAAAUCGAUAAUAUAGGCUAGCCUAAGUAGGCGUACAAGUGUCGCUAGAUACGGAUCAAUGGGAUUGGUGGAAUACUGAUACCUAUGAUUAGCAUUUUAACAUCUUAUAGAUUUGUAACACCUGGUCCAUUUUUGCUUCCCACAUCUACACAUUACUACUGCCAAGUACUUAUACAAAAUGAAGAUUUUUAUUUUAGCCCUGUUUUUCAUUGCUGCACAAGCCAAAACAUUCAAUGUAUCAGACUGCAUUUUGUUGGAAAUUGAUGGUACAAUUACUCUGGAUGUUACCUCAAAGAUAAAAGAUGAUUCUGUCAAAUUCAACAUCACUGAUGCAACGUUGAAACAAGGAUCAAACUGCACAGAACUUGUAUUGACUCUCAAAGACUCUGUGGAAUUUAAACUACUUUUUGUCCCAGACAACAGCAGCUGGACUGUGCAGCCUUCCCUUUCAUAUGAUGCCGACAAAGUCUUCACAAAUCUCAAUCUUACUAAACCCAUUAAUGUGAGCACAGAUGGUGAUGAUUCUAUUGGCAUUUUUAAUAAGAAUGAAUCUUUUCUGUGUCGGGCAUCUGUUGAGCACAAAUUUAAGAACUUCUCAGAGGAGAAUUACACCUUCUCCGCGGUUGCCACUAUUGUCAACUUGCAUGUCGAGGCUGGGAAAAUUAACGAUACAUUCAGUCCAGGAACUGAAUGUGAUCAAGAUAAAACUACUACUCAAACUCCAACCUCCACCUCUGGGUCCACCUCUGGGUCCACUCCCACUUCUCCCAAGACCACACCUAAGCCAUCAUUCCCCACACAGAGUGUGAACUGUUCCUCUGACAACGUCACUCGUCUUCUCUUUGAAGCCCAGUUGUCUUUUGACAUCACCUACGAAAAGGAAAAAGUGAACAUUACUGAGACAUUUGAAGUACCGGCCGACGCAAAAUCUGAGCUGAAUUGUACAAACAACAUGACUGAAACAAUUAGUUUCCAGUUCAAUGAAGACUGGGUGCUGGAAUACAUCAUUGAGCGUGCUAAGGAUGUGUACUGGGUCAGCAAUAUCACUUUCACAUAUACACAUGGUGGAAAAUACUUCCCUGGAGAAGCUACCAACAAAACCGAAACACUUAGAUAUUCUAGCAGUGACUUAAAGGCAAAGGUUGAUGGAUACUAUCGCUGUGAUUCUAAAUCAACUACUAACCUUGGAACGAAUGUGAAGCUGUACACUAAAAACUUGAAAUACCGGGCCUUCAAUGCUGACAAUAAAAAUGCUGAUUUGAAGAGUGGAAAUGUUUCGGAAUGCUCGGCUGAUGAAGAGACCAGCAGUGUUGUCCCUAUAGCUGUUGGUGCUGCUCUAGCUGCGCUUGUGAUCAUUGUUUUGAUUGCUUACCUCAUCGGGCGCAAGAGAUCACGCAAGCAAGGCUAUGAAUCCGUGUAAUCAACUGAAAUUGUUUUGGACAGAAAAAGUUAAUGAAAAGUUAAAGAAAAUAGAAACAUAAACACUUUAGGUAUAGCUAGAUGCCAAACUGAAUUUCAGUUUGUAGUUUCUGACAUUUAACAUCUUAAACAUAAAUAAUUUUUGGCUUCAUUUCUUCCAUAAUGCUGGUAAUGUCAGUGAUAUUAAAUGUAAUUAAUUAUCUAUGGUCUAUUUUUAAAUCUGCAAGUUCAUUACUUAGAACUGUUUGAAACCAUAGUUUUAAAUCACAUAAUGUACCAAACUGAACAGAUGUUACUUUAAUUAUUCUCAAAUUAGUAAAUCUUCAUUUAUAUAAUAAUCUAUCUGUAUUAAAAAUGAACAUUUCUCUUUAGAAAUAUUGCUAGUCAGAAUCUAAACAAAUUAAAUUUAGGACGAAAAUGUUUAUAUUACAAGGUACAAUGCAGUGAACUAUUGUGGUUGAUUGUUAUUCUGCCUUUGAAAUGUCUUAUCACUUUCAUACUUUUUUCCCUUUGUACUAAACUGUGCAAAUUUUUGUUUUUUAAAUUCCUGGUUAAGUUUUAAAAAUUUAAAUUAAAAACAGCUAACUGAAAGCUUGGCAUUUAAAAUAAGAACUUGUAAGAAUAAUUUCUGGUAUGGUAUAACAAUGUAUCAAAUUUUCAAAUGUAUGGGCUAGGUUAAUACUUCAAGGUUCUUUAAAUUUUAAAUCAAGAAAUAGCAUAUUGCCAAAGUUUUAUUUUUUGUAAGAUUUGACACUGUACAAUUAAAAACUUUAUAAAGUACUGAAACAUUUGAUUGCACUAAAACUUUAAAUCAUCUUUCUUCCUCACACCCCAACAUCAUUAGGCUUAACUUUAUAUUUACUGAACUAGUUGAUCAUAAUGAUUUUAAUUUCAUCUUUCUUUCAAUAGUAUUACAUUACAUGAAUGAUUGAAGAAGUUAAUUGAACAAGUGCAUAUGUAAAUAAAAGUAAGCCUGACCAUUGCUGUUGAAUUUGACUAUCUCUCUAAGAUAAUACAUUUAUAUUAUAAGCAUAUUGCAAAAGAAAUGAUCAAAUUAGCAUUAUCACAUAUAAAAAUUAUUUUUCAUAAUUUGAGUUACUGUUUAUAUGCUAUACUGUAAAGAUUAAAGAUAAAUUUGUGGCACAAAAUAUGUUUCCAAAGUAAAUUUUUAAAAAACUAAUUAAAACAUGUUUUGUAUGAAUGAUAAUAGAAUAUGGUCUGUAUAGUUUUGAAAGCUUUAUUCUUUUUAAGUGUCACCUAAAAUAUCUAAUUACAUUCCUUUAUUCUUCAUAAUUUGUAGUAGCUAACUGUGGUCACGUUUAAAAGCUUUUCUUAGAUCAUAGAGCUUGUGGAAAAUAAGGUUGGCAGUGGAAUGCUAAAUACUCCAGACUUGUUUUGUGAUAAAAUAUUCCUUUGUUUUAUUAAAGUAAGCUCGCUUUUUUUUUGUGUAUUAACAUUUCUUUUUAAUUUUCAAAUGCAAGUAGAAAGAAUUAUACCUGAAGUACUAAACGUAUAUAAUCUUCCAUUUUGAGUGUUAAAACUGUUAAUGAUAAAUAUUUGGUCUAAAAGUUCAUGUUAAAAUGCUUACACUUAAUAUUUUAAAUGUUUUUUUUUUUGGAUGUCUGCUGAUUGCAAUUUUAGUGAGUUUGAAAUAAAAAUUAUAAUUCACAAU